AGGGUGUCACACCGUCGGGGGACCCGGUUUGGAGAGGGUGUCACACCGUCGGGGGAUCCGGUUUGGAGUGGGUGUCACACCUCCCUCCCUCUCCCGCAGCUGGAAGCCCUCAAGCUGCGGCUGAAGGAACUGGAGGAGAAGGAGCGCCUGGAGGGGCGGAGGAUGGCGGACGCCGAGGCCCUGCACCGGAUGAAGGUGGCCGACGAGCACAUGGAGGUGAUGCUGAAGAAGGUGGCCCUGGCCAAACAGGAGGAGGAGGCCCUCCUCUCGGAGAUGGACGUGACGGGCCAGGCCUUUGAGGACGUGCAGGAGCAGAACAUCCGGCUGAUGCAGCAGCUCCGGGAGAAGGACGACGCCAACUUCAAGCUGAUGUCCGAGAGGAUCAAGUCCAACCAGAUCCACAAGCUGCUCAAGGAGGAGAAGGAGGAGCUCAUCGACCAAGUGGACACCCUCCGGACCCAGGUCGAUGCCCAACUGCAGGUUGUGAAGAAGCUCGAGAGCACUGAACAGUUGCUACAGAGUAACCUGGCCACGAUGGAGAAGGAGCUCGCCCUGCGCUCCCAGACCGUCGAGCUGCACAAACGCAAGGCCGUUGAAGCUGCUCAAGUUGCCGAGGACCUCAAAGUUCAGCUGGAGGCCGUUCAGUCGAGGUUGGCCGACGUUCAGGAUGAAAUCAUUGAAAGUAGCGUCGCCAGAGAGAAGGAUGCAUUUAACUACAAGAGAGCGCAGGAGGACAUUUCGAAACUGCGCCGGAAGGUGGAGCGUCAGAAGAAACCGGACCUUUACACCAACUGCGACGAGAUCCUGAUGGAGGAGAUCAAAGAUUACAAGUCGAAACUGACCUGUCCGUGCUGUAACGCGCGCAAGAAAGACGCCGUGCUAACCAAGUGUUUCCACGUCUUCUGCUCCGAGUGCGUCAAGACGCGUUACGACACCCGCCAACGCAAGUGCCCCAAGUGCAACGCACCGUUCGGGGCCAAUGACUUCCACCGAAUCUACAUCGGCUGAGAGAGAGGGAGAGAGAAGGGGGUUCCCGGUGUGAGGUUUCUGAGCUCCUGGACGCUCUGCCUGUCCUGUGCCCUCCCACUUCCUGCGCUCUCCCUCCCCGUCCCGCGCACCUGCUCGUGUACUCCCUCCCCAUCCCGCGCACCUGCUCAUGUACUCCCUCCCCGUCCCGCACACCUGCUCAUGUACUCCCUCCCCAUCCCGCGCACCUGCUCGUGUACUCCCUCCCCAUCCCGCGCACCCACUCGUGUACUCCCUCCCCAUUCUGCGCACCGGCUCGUGUACUCUCCCCCGUCCCGCGCACCGGCUCGUGUACUCUCUCCCCGUCCUGCGCACCCACUCGUGUACUCCCUCCCCAUUCUGCGCACCCGCUCGUGUACUCUCCCCCGUCCCGCGCACCGGCUCGUGUACUCUCUCCCCGUCCUGCGCACCCGCUCGUGUACUCCCUUCCCCUCCCGUGCACCCACUCGUGUACUCCCUCCCCGUCCCGCGCUCCCGCUCGUGUAUUCUGUCCACCCGUCCCGCGCACCCGCUCGUGUACUCUGUCCACCCGUCCCGCGCACCCGCUCGUGUACUCUGUCCACCCGUCCCGCGCACCCACUCGUGUACUCCCUCCCCAUUCUGCGCACCGGCUCGUGUACUCUCCCCCGUCCCGCGCACCGGCUCGUGUACUCUCCCCCGUCCCGCGCACCGGCUCGUGUACUCUCCCCCGUCCCGCGCACCGGCUCGUGUACUCUCUCCCCGUCCUGCGCACCCGCUCGUGUACUCCCUUCCCCUCCCGUGCACCCACUCGUGUACUCCCUCCCCGUCCCGCGCUCCCGCUCGUGUACUCUGUCCACCCGUCCUGUGCACCCGCUCGUGUACUCUGUCCACCCGUCCCGCGCACCCGCUCGUGUACUCUGUCCACCCGUCCCGCGCACCGGCUUGUGUACUCUCUCCCCGUCCUGCGCACCCGCUCGUGUACUCCCUUCCCCUCCCGUUCACCCACUCGUGUACUCCCUCCCCGUCCCGCGCACCCGCUCGUGUGCUCUGUCCACCCAUCCCGCGCACCCACUCGUGUACUUUCUCCCCUCGUCCCGCGAACCCGCUCGUGUACUCUGUCCACCCGUCCCGCGCACCCGCUCGUUUACUUUCUCCCCUCGUCCCGCGCACCCGCUCGUGUACUCUGUCCACCCGUCCCGCGCACCUGCUCGUGUACUCUGUCCACCCGUCUUGCGCACCGGCUCGCGUGCUCUCUCCCCAUCCUGCACAUACCAUCUCACCUUCCAUCUUCCUGAUCUGUACACCAUCUUGCCCGCAAUUGCCCCCCCCUCCGUAGAGUUAAACCUCUCCCUGCCCUGCUUCUGGUUUUGCAGGACCUCUCUGACCCUGCGCUUUUCCAGUCCUGUCGACACGUCCCGGGAUAUCUCUGAUCGGUCUCUCUCUCUGUCUCUCUGCCCCCCCCCCCCCCCUCCAAGUCUCUCUCUUUCUGUCUUCUCCCAGUGGCUCUCUGUGCCUCCUCCCAGUCUCACUCCCUCCUCCGUCUGCCCGUCACCCCCCUGUGUAACCACGCAGUCCAGGCCACAAAAUAAAAUUGUUAGUGUC